GGGCAAGCAAGCAUGCCACAAUUGGGUCAAUAAAUGUCCCUUUAAAUAAGAAUUUAUUGGCGAGAACUUGCGCUUGGGCGCGAUGAGACGCCCCUGCAGGAAGGUACCCCUACUGAAACAACGUAUUGCUGGUAUUGCGUAUUGCGUCGUCUGCUCUUAGCAUGAGCCAAGUCACAGUUUUGUAUCAACUAAAAACACACGUAAAAAUAAAACAUAUAAAUCUUAGGUGUUCUAUAUACAAAAAAGUAACAAUAUCUUAAUUUUAUAGUUGUUUUCUUUCAUUUACACGAAGCUGACAAUUUUAACAGCGGGGGCUGUUGAGCAAUCCGAAGCAAGCCAAGCAAGAUCCAUCUCCAACGUUUUGUCCCUCGGUGACAGCUGCAACCUCAUGAGCUGUUUACAAACACCUUUUCCUCGGGCGGCCAAAGAAAAGGACAGUCGUUUUCAAUGAGUAGUGGGCCAAUCGCCCUCGCGGGACAUCGCCUACUGCUAAGUUUUCGAAAUCGCUCAUGCUGCGCGGCAAGCGGCUGCAUCGACCUGCUUGUGCGUCAACCGCUCUCCCGCCGCACCACCACCACCACCACCAGCAGCAACGCUCGCGCCGGCAGCAGCAUGUCGCGCGACGUGCGCCCCAGCUGCCCACCGAUGACAGCCAUCGUUGUAUCAAAGAAGAACCUGCCGUCUUUCUCCGAAAAGAGAGCCACACCGCCGCUCACCGACGCCCUCGCCGUUAGCAUGCAGGCACGGAAGACGGGCGAAAACCCUGGCGGCGUGCCUUCGAGUACCGCCGUUGAGUCCGCUCUCCGCUCUGCUCUCGGCAUAGGGCAUUCCGAGACCGUUGGCCCGAGCCCCGCUGCGACAGUUCCCCAGCCCGUACAGCCGUUGCCGGAGGCCAAGGAAGGUGGCAACGUUUCCUCCCAGGACCCCGCCAUACUCGACUGGAGCCUAUGCAACCCCGCCUUGGAGGAGACCGUCGUCGUGACCAAACCUGAAACCAAGGCUACUUCAACCCGUAUGUUGCACCUGCUGCACGGUGACGGUGGUGCGAAGGAAGGCUCGAGCGAGGCAGACGGAGCCGAAAAUUCUGCGUCGGACAUCGCGUCGUCCUCUCCGCGCAAAACGACGGAAGGCGACCCUGGUCCAAAGACUGUCGCGGCCGAAGCCGGCAGUGCUGAACCGUCGUCGAUGGCCGGUGUAAGACGUCCUUUGGCCGGUACGCAAGUCGGUGACGACGCUGGCAGAGCGGCGACCAGUGCGGCGUCUACGCCUGCCAAACGGUCCCGCCUCAGCUGCCCGCGAAAGCGCGUGCCAAAGCUAAACGCAGCUGUCGUACGACGGGAACGGAGCCUCUCUAACGACGGCUCUAGUUCAGACGAGAGCUGCUUGGCCGUUGACGGCGAACCUGCCGGAGAAAGCGAGGUUGCUGCUGGGUCUGGGUGGAUUUCCGAGCUACCCGCUUUACUUCCCUCAGCUGACACCGAGAAUGAUGACGACGACGACCCUGUCUACAGCCUCAAACCACUGUUUGCAGGCAAAUUUGGGUCGCCGUCGUCAUCUAAGAAGUCAAAGAGCACAAAAUCUGCAACGACUACACGGCCGAACUGCUUUGUGGGAAUUCAAGUGGAUAACAUAAACGUCCACAGAACAGCGAAGAGGGUCCAGGACCACAUGCGGAUCCAGGAACCAAAUAUUGAACCAGCGCUCCUGCCCAUAGCUACGUUGCAUAUCACCGUUGUCGUGUUUCGGGUGAACGAUGGUGAUGACUCGCUACAGAGAGCCAAGGACGCACUGAGUCGCGGUUACGAGGCAAUCAAGGAUGACCUUGAAGCCACUCCCCUUGUGCUGCACUUUGAGGGGCUGGACCACUUCGAGAACGAAAUCCUGUAUGCAAAGGUCGUCGGAGAAGACUCACUGUCCCGGCUCAAGGCUCUUAGACAUGUCUGCCGUGAAGAAUUUAAAAAAGCAGACCUGGACUUGACGAGAGGCAAGGCGUUCAGGCCACACCUGACUUUGGCAAAAAUCAGCAGGAAGAUGAGCCGAAAAAACCCAGCGAUAAAGAAGAUUAAAGAAGAAUGGUACACAGAGUUCAAAGAUGAGCCCUUUGGAUCACAACAAGUAAAGAGCCUCCAGCUGCUGUGUAUGACAAAGCCGAAAGACGAACGAGGCUACUAUUACUGCAGUCUGGAGCACAUGUUUGGUGACUUUUCUUCAAAAGACCAAAAUAAUGACGACCACAGUGAAUGCUGCGCACCAGCAUCAUCAAAAUCUGCACCUGGCAAGAUUGAGCAGAAGUUACUUAAGUUAGAUGAUGCAAAGCGAGAAGUGAAGCGAAAGAUAUCGACAUUGACAAACGCAAAACUACAGGAACUCUCUAAAGCAAAGCAGGAAUUCCCUGAAGAAGAGAACAGUUCGGAAGAUUCUGAAGAAGAAGCCUCUAAAUAAUAGGCUUUAGAAUGUACAUGGAAGUGAAAUUAGCCUUUUUUAUAGUUUCUAACUCACUGAUGAGACAGAACUGGCAUGGCACAGGGUUUCCUCCAGAAACAAAGUUUCUGGCAAUGCAAAAACACAUGCUAUGAAAAGAGAAAGCUUUCUUUUUAAGCAUGACAUGCUUAUAAGUAGCAUGCGCCAGCAGAUUUCAAGGAAGAUUUCGAAUAACUUGAUUCAGCUUUUUUAAUUUAUUGUUGCAAAUUAUCACACGUGUAGGGUAUCACCUAUGAAACUAAGCCUAAACCUUCCCUUGCUCCCACUGUGUAGAAAAGCCUGACUAAUGUCUUUUUUAUAUGAAAUUUAUCCUCUCAAUCAAAAAUUGAAAAAUGAAGUUCAAUCACAGCCGUUUUAUACCUCAUCUCACGCACAAUGUCAGUACAAAGUUGAACAACACCUUUUGUAAGACUAACAAGUCUUUUUUAGUCAUUUUUCACCUCAUACAAGUAAAGAUUAGAGCAUUUUGUCCACCUCCAUAACAUCAGCAAACAAACUUGAUGUACUUGGAAUUGCAUUUGAAGUACAUAUGCUCUUAUAUAUGUUUGUCUCCCUAGAUAUUUAGAGCUGCACUUGAAUGUGUUGUACUGUAUUUUUUUAUUCCUGCCUUCCUGCCAUACUGCAGCUGUUACAUCAUUUCGUACGUGUUUGUCCCAAAUUCCUAUCUGUAUUGCUCCGUGGGCCUUGAACGUAUUUCAAAUGAUAAAUCAAUAAAUGAUGUGUCCGCCCAAAA